AACAAACCAAUGGAUUCUGACAUCGUGUGAGGAUGAUGUGCUGGAGUUUUUCUGAUUGAACUUUUAGCAACGAAUCCUUUUAAUUGUGCAGUGGAAAACAGUUCGAUAAACAUUUGUUACAUACUAACGAUUAGUUAUACAUAUCUCAGGUGUUACUUGUGAGCCGGCAAAUUGCAACGAGGGCAAAUCAAAUCCGUGAUUUAAAUAAUUUGAUUAAUACGCAAGAGAGGACAGCAAUACUGAUCUCCGUCUAUUCAGCAGAACGUCAUAACUAAUUCGUCAUUGGGCAUCGAUUGUGAGUGUGACGCUAUCUUAUCAAACAGAUCAAUAUGCAAUUAUAGAUAUCGUUCAGUUAACAACCCAUUGCUCACUAGCGACCAGAACCAGCCUUAACUGUAAGGCAAAUAGGUACAAUACGUUUGAAACAAUACUUCGAACGAUUCAGUGCUUGUCAGGUGCCCGACACGAACGGAAGGAGCCGUAAUGCGGCUUGCUACUUUAGCAGCCUUGGUGGUUGCACUGGUCGCAACAGAGGUGACCGGAAGAGAUGAAAACUUCUUGUUCUCGGCCGAUCGCCUGCCCGAAAAAGCGGUCACACCUACUCUAGCAAACGGAAACAUUGCCUUCGUGGUGUACGGCGAUGCUGUCCACAUGAACGGUGUCUACAAUGGACUCGGAGGGGUUAGUCACCGAGCGCGAAUACCAAACUAUGCCAACAUUCAGCUGGCGUAUUGUGCUGCCUCGCUGGUCAAUGCUAGCAACUGUAAAUACCAGCUGGAUAUGAAAAAGAACAUGUUCCGAACGAUUUUUACCGACCCACUGGGAAAUUUUAACAUAGUGCACGACGUUUACCCGCAUCGUUUUUACGAUAAGGCCAUCAUCAACAAAUUUCGUAUCCAACGGCUAAACUCACAGAGUGUGAUACAGGUUCAGAUUGCACGAUUCUCAGGUCCAGCCAGCGUAGAUGUCACCUUCGGCCAGCCACAGCUGGUAGACAUCAGCGGAGUGAUAUACAACCGCCAUUGUGGUAGCACGAACCAAGUAGAGGACCCACGCUACCAACAGUACGGACACAAUGUCUGCGCCUAUUUCAGUCAGUUACCGACAGAGUUAAUUCUAACUACCGACAAAACGGCAGAUGAGUUCCUUUUCUAUACUGUGUUUGCUCACUCGACCGUUGAAGCAGAAAAUGAAAUCCGUGCUAUGAUUCAUGCCAAUGUGGAAGCGCUACACAUUCGAGAAAUGGAUCGAAUUUGGAGCCAAUACGGAAUCACAGUCGAAGGCAACGAUGACUUAGAUCGCGUCCUUAAAGCAAGUUCCUUUUUCCUAUCUAGCUCCCUGCCUGCAGCCUACACUAAUCAACCAAGUAGUUAUCCAUUUUACGGACUGUCUCCGUCCGGUUUAGGCCGUGGCGGAGAAGAGCUCAAAGAGUACCAAGGACAUGGUUUUUGGGAUACGGAGAUGUGGAUGUAUCCUCCUAUUCUGUUGAUGGAUCCCCUUAACGCUCGUAGAUUACUACACUAUCGAACAAUUGUACAUCGUGCAGCCGCGGACAAUGCUGCCAAGAACGGUUACGAAGGUUGGCAAUUCGUCUGGGAGUCUGCCUUCACCGGGGUAGAAGUAACGCCUGAUUGUUGCCCUCACGUGUCCAAUUUCCAACAUCACAUCACUGCAGAUGUUGCCUACGCCGCUCGGUUGUAUUACUACGCAACACAGGAUAUAGACUGGAUGCGAUCGGAAGGUUGUCGCUUAGCCUACGAAACUGCCAAAUUCUGGAAGAGCCGAGCCGAAUACAACAAUCAGACAGAUCUGUAUGAUAUUCAUCGCAUCAUGGGUCCGGACGAGGACCAUCACGAUAUCAGCAACAACGUGUUUACCAACGUAGUAGCAGCCCAUAAUCUGAUGUUCGGAGACUUUGCCGGUUGUCUGUGCCCUGGCAUUGUAGAUUCUACGGUAGACGAACGUCGAGAGUUUACAAAAAUUGCUAAGGCUUUGACUCUAGUGUACGACAAAAUAAAGGAUUUCCAUCCUCAGUACUCUGGAUAUACCAUUGGGGCCAUGAUCAAGCAAGCUGACGUGGUUUUGCUUGGAUACCCUUUGGAGUUUCCGAUGAAUGAAUCCACAAAAGCUAACAAUCUAGGCUAUUAUAGUUAUGUUACCCGCUCGGAUGGACCAGCCAUGACUUGGGCAAUCCAUACGAUAGGUCAUCUCGAUUUGGAACAAUACGAGUUAGCACGCGCCAUGUUCGACAAAAGUUAUAAGCAGUACAUGCGAGCCCCAUACAACGUAUGGAGUGAAAACGGUGAUGGAACAGAAGGCGCGGGAAAUUUUAUCACCGGAGCCGGUGGAUUCCUGCAAUCUAUCAUCAACGGUUACGCUGGAGUUCGCUUACGACACGGCGAACUUGUGAUUACCCACCCAAUGGUUCUACCUCAGACAAGCCGUUUAUACAUUCCGGAAAUAAACUAUAUGGGAGUUAAAAUCUUCCUAGAUAUCAAACCGAACCAAGUUUUAUUGGGUUUCAAAGAAGGUUCAAAUAUGGAUGCUGUUAAAGUUUUCGUCGACGAUGUGGAACAAAACUUGUGCGAAACUUGUUCCACUCCGUUCAAUAAUCGCGUGGUAAUUCAUCCGGCACAUAAGCCAGAACUAAAUGGGUGCAAACUGCAGGAAACCCAAAUCGGCAUCAAGGUGGCCGAUCAGGACAAUUCAGGAUUUGUGUCCCGCCUAAGCCCCAUCAUCAUCGCCGUCCUGCUGGUAGCGUUUACUCUGCGGAAGCUGUUAUGACCAUUAGUACAACAUCACGCUCCGAAAACAGAGAGUGAUGUUAGAGGACAGAGCAAUAGAAAGAAACGAAAACUGCAGAAAGUUCCCAAGCGGUUACGCCAUCAAUCGUAACGGUUGCAAUGUAGUAGGUAACAAAUUUUUGUUUAGUUUAUAAAUCAUGUUUCAAAAACAAACAAGCUGGGGAGCUUGGAGAACCAAGUAGAAUUAUUAGCAACCAAAAAGUUAUAAAACCGAAGACGCAAAUCAAGUGAUCGAUAAGGAUGAUUCAGUUUUCAUUGGCAAUAAAUACAUCAUACUCUGUCUGUAAA